AAAAGGAAUCCGAGGCAUUCAAAUGCCCGGUUUGUCGCAAAAUUGUUUCAUACAGCAAAACGGCAGAAAAACCAGAAACAUGGGCAUCCACAUUACCGACGAAUUAUUUUGUGAUGUCAAUGUUAGAUAAGUGAGCAAUUCAUAUGUCUAAAAAGUUGUGCAACUCCUGUCAGGUUAACAAUAAGACACAAGAGGCAAUAUCUUGGUGUACUAUUUGUGAAGAGGCAUUUUUUGAAAAAUGCGAUGAAUGUCACAAAUCUUUUAAAUUUUCCGCUAAACAUAAACUCGUUUCAAUCAAAGAAAUUCAAUCAGGAAAUUCCGAUUUCAAAAUAUCUGGUGUCCUAAGCUGCGAGGAACAUCCUGAAAAGAUUGUGGAGGUUUAUUGCAUGGACCAUUCAAAGCCAUGCUGCACUUUAUGUGCAACCCUUUCACAUCGCAAAUGUGAAAAUGUUACUUCAAUCGAAAAUGUCGCGACAGGAAUAAAAGAAUCUAAACACACAACUAAUUUGGGUAAAACACUUGACGUAAGAAAUAAAGAAAUUGAUGAAAUACUUGAAAAUCGAAAAGACUGUUUGUCUAAGAUAGAAACCACCUCUGAAAACAUUAUUCAAGAAAUGUCCACGUUGAAAAGGGAAAUAAUAGGCCAUUUAGACAAAUUAGAAAACAAAAUAAAGGUCGAACUGAAUUCUUCUAAAAAACGUGUCGUCAUGCAAUUAACCGAUGAAGAUAAUACUUUUUCGGGUUAUAAAAGUACCUUAAGAAAUUGGCAAUUAGUCCUAACCGGAUCUGUAGAACAUGGAUCUGACCAACACUGUUUUAUAGAAGUCAACAAGAUUGGUCCAAAAAUGGCUAUACUGGAAAAAGAAAUAAAAGAAGAUAUGAAAAAGAUGAAGAACCUGACUAUUAAGGUUAUCCCGUCGGAAGUUAUUGAGAAUUUUAAAACUGGCGUAGAAUCGUUUGGUUGCGUAAAUAUAACAUGUAUAAUAGAAGAUGAGUUUCCGUGUACGCUGUCUGUUGGGAGUCUCAUACAAAGGGUUAAUUUUCACAGCGGCGGCAUUAAAAUUUUGUAUACAAUUAAAGCCGCUGAAAAGGGUGAAACUAGUGCAAUAUUCAUUGCCGAUUACCUAGUUAUAACUAGCUAUGUCAAAAGUAGUGUUGCGAAAUACAACCUAGAUGGUAAACUUGUAGAAUCGUUAGGUGUAGAAAACUAUCCACGGGAUAUCGCACAAGUUGCUCAGACUAAAGCUGUUAUUUCGAUUUAUGGAAAGAACAAAUUUGUGUUUGUUGACAUUACAGGAAUGACAUUAUUACGAACUUUGGAUUUACCAGGUAUAACAGUAUCUGGAAUAUGUUGUUUCGAAGGGAACACAUUUAUUGUAACCUGUGGUUCCCCAUUGACAUGGGGAAACUCAUCAGGGGAGAUAGUGAAACAGAAAACAACAGGUGGCGAUUCGUAUUACGUUUCGACAUCGGAUAUGAAAGAUUGUAUAUAUGGAGAUGGAGAUAAUUCCGUGUCACGUGUAAUAGGGGACACAACCAAGUUUACGUAUACAAAUGAACAGUUGUCCUCCCCGCGUGGAAUCGGAAUAGGCUUUGAAGGCAAUAUCUAUGUUGCUGGAUAUAGAUCUAAGAACAUUCACCAAAUUACUAAUGAUGGGAAAUUGAUACGUAUAAUUCCGGUAGAACCUUUAGGAAUUAAGAGGCCAUGGGUAAUUCGUUUUGCUCUUAACAACAAUAUGUUUGUUGUUGCAUGUUAUGAUUCAGAAACAGUUGUACUGUGCGAAAUCGAUUGAAGUUCGAUAUAACAUGAAAAGAAAAACAUAACUAUAAACCAUAAUUAACUGUAAUUAUAAAUAAUUUAUAAGACUCGCCUUUCCUUGUUUUCGAUACUUUUUAAUUUACCAAAUCGUCUGUUUUGUUAAUGUUCUUUGAAAAUAUUGAUUCGUAGUCGUUUGUCUGAUGAACGAUCAUAUAAAUAAAUUUAGAAAUUCA